GCUGCCCGCCAGUAUCCCGCGGACCGCGCUGCCGACGCCACACGCGCUACCGUGCUGUACCGACUCGUCUCGCAUCUUGCCCACUGCUCGCCUACCACCUAUUGUUCUGAAGUUGUUUCGGAGCUGAUCCCGAAACUGAUCGACAUCUUACUGGGAAAGUUGGACUGUAUUGUGACAGUUCACCAGUAUCGCGAACGCUGUUCCACGGCUCUGUAAUUGAAUAAGUUGAUUGUGAACGUAAUAUAACGUAACUGCGAAUAAGCGGAACUUGUGAGUGUUGAGUGCUCGCGUUCUGUGCCGGCAUUGCUAGUGAUCGUUCCUCCGGUGCUCCGGGGGUGUUGAAGGUCUUCAAAAUAGCCAAAGUGUCUCCGAUAAAAUUGUCGGCGAUGGACAGCAACUCGGUGUCACCGAUGCCGGAGCUGGCGCCGAUAGCGGAGUUCGAUAAGUCGCCGCCCUCACCUCCCAACGAGGAGGUGCCCAUGGACGACCUGCCGCCACCUCCUGCUACCAUAUCAGGCUCUGACACCAAGAAAAUGAAACUCCAGCGCAGUCGCUCCUAUGAGUCUGACGACCAUGAGCGAGGCGCCUGCGAGUGGUGCGAAUAUGCUCUCAUCAUCACCCUCGCCACCAUCCUGCUGAUCGGCGUCUCUGCUUUGACUAUCUUCUGGAUCUUCUACUACCGAGAAGGCUAUGGCUGGGCUGACGAUCAACCCGAAAAGCAGUUCAACCUGCACCCUACGCUUAUGGUCGCUGGAUUUAUUACCUUCAGCGGUUUCUCGGUGUUGCUGUACCGCAUCUGCCGCUGCUUCCGGCGCAUCUACGUGAAGCUGCUGCACGCGAUCUUCCACGCGCUUGCGUUCCCGUGCAUUGUGAUCGGUUUCCUCGCCGUGCUCGACUUCCACAACAAGAAGGGCAUCACUAAUUUCUACUCGCUCCACAGCUGGAUCGGCUUGGUCGCUAUGGGACUGUUUGGAAUACAGUACGCAGUCGGAUUCUUCAGCUUCCUUCUCUUGUUGAUCUGCAACAAGGGCACGGCCGGCUUCCGCGCUUCCCUCGUUCCUGUGCACGCGGCCUUCGGCAUCCUCACGUUCGUGCUAGGCGUCGCUGCUUGCCUUACUGGACUUACUGAGAAGGCACUCUUCACGUUUGGGAAUAUCUGGCAUGAGAUUUGGAAGCAGGAGUUGUCGACCACGCAGUACUGGCAGAUGCCGCAUGAGGCCAUCAUCAUCAACGCCAUCGGCAUGUCCGUAGUAGCCGUGGCCGUGGUCGUGCUCUACACCGUGCGCGGCACCGGGGGCUACCGCGUGCGCAAGAUCGCAGCGCAGCACCCGAGCUAAGCUGCGCGCGCGUUUCUAUAGCUAUAACAUCGCUUACGUUUGGAGAAUAAAUCUAUAACAACUUCAAAAAUGAUACGGAACGGAAACUGGAUAGAAAAAAAAUUGACUUUAACAAUGCCAGUCAUGUUUAAGUCAUCGUUAUUGAUCACAAUUUUGUCUCCAAACGUCAAUUUCUACGCCAUGUUUUGACCAAUUUGUUAAUUCGAAUGUAUGCUUUAAAAAUUUUAAUAAGGAGAAUACCAUGAUUUUGAUUUAUGAUUAAAAUAAAUAAAGCAUCAAUUCGAAUAAUAUUGUCAAUCCUCCAGUUUCUCAUACAUCUAAUGCGUAGAUUAGCACUCUUAUAAACGAUGUCUGUAUCGAUUCUUUCAACUCCAAUUUUUGUUUUAAUUAGGGGUUUGAUCAAAUUCAUCAUAAUCAAAUAUAAUUAAUUAUACGUAUUAUUUAGCUCAAUUUGUUAUCUUUAGGUUUUACAAAUUCUAUCUGAGUAACGUUAUUAUUGUUCAGACGGUUGUGCGUUGUUCCAAGUGAAAAUGUUUGUGAGUUAAUUCCGUCUUAGUCAAAAUUUAUUCGACUGAUAUUCGCCACGUAGGUCGUAGCUUUCUUUUCAUUUUGUAUUUUUAAACAAUGAUAGCCAACGUGUCAUGUAAGGGUGUAAGUAUCUAAACUAAGAAGGAGAGUUAACCAUAAGGAUGGAGAUUUAAUGGUAUAGUACCUGCUGAAAUAUAGCCUCGUUAGCAAUAUAUUACAAAUAACGAGAGAAAAGUAUGAAAAUAAAACCGUGUAAACCUAAUUAACCUUCAUGAUACUCGCUGUUCUGUGGUAAUUUUAAUGAAUAGCAAACUAGCAUUAGUCGGCAAAAUGCCGCGUACGUAGAUGAGCUAAGUACGAAAUUGGAAUCGAUGUAAUUUAAUAAAAUAAUCAACUUAUUGAUAUUGUCUGUACGUAAAUAAAAUAUAUAACCCACAGUAUAAUAGCGACAGUACCUUUCAAAAGAAAGAAAAUAAGUCAGAGGCCAUACACAACUUUUGAUACUGGACAUCAGUGUCACCUAAUUAUUUAGGUAAGUUUAUGACGAAUAGUUAAGACAUCUUAGUCGUAGGAACUUGUAUAUAAAUUUUAAUCUAAUUAAAUGUGCGAGUGUUCGAUAGCUGUAGUAUGUGAUCAAGUAGUAGAAGAUACAAUUUAAUUAUUUAUUGGUCAGUCACAGACAUCGGGAAUUAGACAUAAAAAAUAAUAAUUUUGUCGUAACAAGUAUAUUUCUGGAGAUUUUAUUAGAUUUUCUAAACACCACAUUUUCCCCUAUUUGCGUAAGAUGUUAAUGUUUUAUCGUGUCACAACAGCAGUCGCGGUUCGCAUAGAGCUGCGGCUGAGUAACCUUAGAUUUUUUUGUGUAAGACCAGUGUUCAUCCAAGUUGCCAAAUUCGGUGUAAAUUCAUGUGGACAUGUUUGUUAUAAGCAAUUGUAUUAUGUACUACAUACAUAAACUUCAUGUAGCAUGUUUAUCAAUAAAUAUAGGAUAAUGCUCAAUGUUUUUACCAGGGGUACAUAUACUUUCCUUGUGUAGAAUUGAGUAAAUUUUCUAUUAAUUAGAUAAGACCUAAGUAUAUUCCAGUUUUGUAAAAUUGCAUUCCAAAACAUUCGAAAGCUUUUAACGUUCUUUUUGAUGAUAUACAAUCCGUAAUAAGACUGCAUUCAUAAGUAGGUCCUUUUGUAUCGAGUUAUUGAUUUUGGUAAUAUUUUCUCUGAAAUUUGAUAAAUUUUAAAUAUCCCAGUUUUUGUGGAUCCCUUUGAUACGCUGGGGCCAAGUUUUUAUAUGAGUACCUAUAGAGUCCCCAAAUGUACACGACGUCGGGUUUUGUUGUAGUGUUUCAACAAAAUACAAUGCAAUAAAUUGUUUGCAUUAAGAGAAUAAUACGGUACCUGCUUAUUGAUGUUAUUACGGUAGCAAUUGUUUUCAUAAUAUUGCCUAGAGAGUUGGUUGCAAUAACUUUCAAUGUUAGUUAUUUUCUAUAUUCGCUAUAAGUGUCAUUGAAAUAUAAUUUCGUAUACUUAUUUAACAGCAGUUGUAUUGGUUGAUAUGAAUUUUAUCACUGUUUUAAAUUUUUAAAUAUUUAUACAGCAUUCAUAUGG